GGGCGAAGGGCGCGGCAGGAUGGUAAACACCGGAUUGUGGCGUUUUACUAGGACCAUAAAGAUUCAGUCUGUUGAAAAUGGACUGUACUUAAAGUGCAGAAUUUAUUCACCUUAGUUGAUUUUUUUUCAGUAUAUGGCCCUGUUCGUAGUGGCUUCGUAAUAAAUAAUUCCUACAUUCGUGACAUGGGGCCGGGUUAAAAUUGUGUUUGUCACGUGGUUCACCUUUCCCUUUGCUGAUUUCUUUGUGGCUUGCAGAUUAAAGUCGAUCGAGGCUGAAUGAGCAAGCUCCCGGCAAUGGAUUGCUGCUGCGUCGCUGGGCUGCUUCUUGCUGUAGUGUUAAUUUACCAGCUGGUGACGUGGCUGAGGUCACGCAUGCGUGUCAGCAACUACGACAAGAAGCACGUGCUUGUGACAGGUUGUGACACAGGCUUCGGUUGUCUCCUCGUUAAGCGCCUCGACGUGUUAGGGUUCCGAGUGUUUGCCGCCUGUCUGACGUCACAAGGGGCGGAGAAACUGCAGGCAGCGAGCUCUUCUCGCGUCACCACGCUGGUGCUUGACGUCACAGACGAGAAGAGUAUCAGCGCCGCCAGAGACUUUGUGGCCGCCAGACUGCCGGAGGGUCAAGGUCUGUGGGGUGUUGUAAACAAUGCGGGCAUCAGUGGUCCUGUCGCUCCCAGCGAGUGGGUGUCACGUGAUGGGUAUCAGGCAUGUCUGGCGGUCAACCUCUUCGGCCUGAUUGACGUCACUCGGACCUUCCUUCCGCUCGUGCGUCGCGCGCGAGGACGUGUUGUGAACACCGCGAGUACUUUGGGAAGAAUCGCCAUUGCGCCUUCUCCUUACUGCGUGUCUAAAUAUGGCGUGGAGGCUUUCUCCGACUGUCUUCGGAGGGAGGUGUACAGACAGGGUGUACAAGUUUGCAUUAUAGAACCUGGAUACUUCAGAACAGACAUCCUUGGACAAGAGAGACUUUUAAAAUCUUUUAAGAAAUCCUACGAUGCCACACCCGUUGACAUCAGACGGCAUUACCCAGAAUUUACAUUGGAAGCAUUUCAAAAGAUGGCCACCAAUGUUUGGUCUCGCAUUUCGCCGAAGCUGCACCUGGUGGUGGACGCCUACGUCUUGGCUCUGACGUCACGGUUCCCGCCGACAAGGCAGUUGGUGGGCAGUGACGUGCGUCUGUUCUACCGCCUGCUGUGGAACUUGCCUACGCCCCUCACCGACUGGAUUCUCAUCAAAUUAUUAGAGUCAGCUGCACACUAAUAGCAAAGACCUAGUCUACUUUGAUACUUCAUAGUAAAAUAUUUGUCAGAUAGACACUCUGUUUGGUCUCCAUGUAAAUGUUGCAUACUUGACAAAAAACUUUGCAAAUUCAAACUCCAGUUUAUCACCUUGAACUAGUCUGUCUUCCGCAGUAAAGUGUGUUUUAUUGUUUUGAUGUGACAUGACAUUUUAUUAUUGCUUUUAUGUCUGAAGGACGUCACUCGGAGCUUUUAACUGUUUGUGCAUCGCUCGCAUGGACAUGUUGUGAACAUUGAGAACUGUCACUGACCCCUCUCCUAUGUGUCACGUGUUGUUUGAUUGUCCUGCCUAUGACAAUGAUGCAUCUAAAAUUGAUGUUUUAAAGUUUACAAUACCUUAUGAACAGAGCUCUCAUUGAAUGACACGAAUUUUCAUAGAUAACUCCGAAACAACCAUCAAGCAAAUCUCUAGAUAUCUGUAUCAAGUAUUUCAAAACAGAAAUGAAUGAAUACUUUGUCGGAAAGAUAAAGAAAUGUUAGUAUGCAUAGAUAAUACUAUUGUAAAUAUUGCUGAUUCUGUUUUAUUUCAUUUAAUUUCUCCAUUGAAACAAACAAAAGGAUUUGCUCAAUAAACAAUUCGUUCGUU